AUGCACCAGGAGGUUCAUGAGCACAGGGACCAGUCUCAGUGGAGGAAGAUGCUGAGACCCUGCAGACUGCUGCUGUGGGAGGUGGCUCUUAGGUUAUCUUAUCAUGUUGUUACAGCCGGUAUAUGUCUGGGGGGGUCAGACAUCUUUGCAUCGGUCAAAGAGAACAGUCCGACAGGUGAGUUUAUCUCUAACAUCAGCAUCCGUGGAUAUCCAGGAGCCAACACUGUCAAACUGUGUCUGACUGGAGACAACGCCAACUGGUUCUACUUAGAAGGUCGAACCAUCAGACUCAACACUUCGCUCUCCAGAGUCCUUGACAGAGAGGUUCAGGGAUCAGUGCUGAUAGCAGAACUGACCUGUUAUGAAGAUGAUGUCAUGCAGAGUCAGUACAGGAUCCUGGUGGAGAUUGUGAAUGAAAAUGACAACAGACCAAACUUCCUGCCAGAAACGAUUCAGCCGUUCACCAUCAGUGAGCUGACACCAGUGAACUCUGUGGUUUUCACUGUCAAGGCAGUUGAUGCAGAUGGAGACAUGAUCAGUUACAUCAUCGAUCAAUCAUCACCUGAUGCCUGGUUCUUCAGGAUCGAUCUACCAAACAGUGGAAACAUAGUCCUCAACAAACCGCUGGACUACGAGACCAGAACUCACCUGGAGCUCAUCAUCUGUGCCCAGGAGUCAAACUCUGAGGAGAAGUUCAACACGACGGCUCUUUUAACUGUGAACAUUGAGGAUGGAGACGACCAGUAUCCUCACUUCCUGCCUUGUACACCUGUCUCUCCAGGUGUUCCUGUCUGCAUGAGCCCCACCUACACCACCAACAUCACACAGAAACACCAGGAUGUUAUUCUUGAGUUUUCUCCUGGUCCAAUCAGAGCAGAGGAUGGAGACAGAGGAAUCGACACGCCUCUGAUCUACAGCAUCCUGUCAGGUGAUGAUCAGAGCAGGUUUGUGAUCAACGACAGGACAGGUGAGCUCAGGUUAACCCGAGGUGUGGACGACCGACGACUGACACCAAACUUCACACUCAACAUCAUGGUGUGUCAAGUGGAUGACAGGCUGAAGUAUAGUGUGGCGUCAGUUCUGGUCAGAGUUCUCUAUGAGAACACGUUCCCUCCAGUUUUCAACAGAACCACCUUUAAAGGUUUCAUCAUCCAGAGCUCUAGCCCCGCCUCCAUUGUCUCCACCUAUGGGAACCAGGUGUUACAGGUCCAGGUGUCAGACCGUGACUUUUCUGAUGGCCUGAAUCCAAACAUCCACUACUCCCUCCAUCCUCUGUCUGGACUGUACCAAGUCACCCAGAGGGGGGUUCUCAUCGCCAGGACGGACCAGCUGCACGCCUUCGACAGACACAUAUUACAGGUUAUAGCCAGAGACGAAGAAUCAGGAGAAGAGGUUUCAGCUUCAGUGGACAUUGAAGUCCUGCAGAGAGGACAAGCAGUCCCUCGUGGUGCGUUCACUGAGCAGCAGAUGUUUGGAGAUGUGGACAGCAGACUGGCAGGAGGAAUAGCAGUGAUGAUUCUGCUGAUGUUUCUAUCAGCUUUUCUGUUUCUGCUGCUUCGAACAAUGAAGAGGCGACGUUUACAGAGGGACCCUGAAGAACACACAGCUGUUGCUCUGGAAAAACAUCCGAACGUGGUACAAACUCAAACACUGACACUUUAAAACACCUGACGAUGUCUGAAACUUUCAAAUGAAGACUUGGGUUCACCAGCUGUUUUCAGAGAAACAUCUGAACACUAAACAUCUGUCCUCAGCAGACACAUUCAGAGCAGCUGGUGAACACUGAUGUUGCCCUCAGGAGCUGCUGGAGUUUUGAGUGUUGAGCGAAAUGUUUGUUACUAAUGAACAGCUGAGUCUCUUUAUGACGAACAUCUGAAAUAUGAUACACUGUAAAUUUGACCUUAAAGAAUUAAUCGAUAUAUCAGUUAGUUGUGAAGAAAUUCACCAGCGACAUUGUUGAUAACUGAUGAUCAAUCACUGAUCAUUUCAAUAUGUUUUCAUUUCAACAUGUCUAAAUAGAUUGAUCAAGAAAAUAAUCAGCAGAUCAGUCUAUGAUGGAAAUGAUCAUUAGUUUCUGCUUGUAUAUAAAUAAUAAUGUAUAAAUAUAAUCUUCAAA